AGUGGGCUUUCUCUCGAACUCAUUUUUGCGUAUUUCCAGUUGCACCCACAACCGUUAUAUUACGGUGUCCAGCGUCCACUUGCAUUGAAAACAGGGCUUUAACUAGGUAAAAUCCUCUUCUCAAUUCACUAUUAAGUACAAUUCACGCCCCCAAUGCUUCAGACAAAGAGGAUUUAACCCGUAACUUGAAACCAUUCUUUUGUAAAAUCCUAGCCUGGUCGACAACCUGUCCAGUCUUCACGAUAUCUUGACUAACGUGGACGCCACUGCUCAGCUAAAUGCGAAAAUUCCGGUAGCAAAUUCGGUGCAUCAAUGAUCAAUGAUUGGACUGUGACCAUGCAAAGUUUGUACGAUUAUCUGGAAGAUGAUUGUCCCUGGUAUUAUUUCGAUAGCUCCUACAAAAUUCUGUUGGGCGUCUGCCUCAUUUUAUUUGGAGUAUUUGGGGUGCUGCUAAACAGCUGGCUUUUUGCCACAUUCGUCCACAGUCACCUGAUCUUUUUCAAGAGUCACAUAUUGGUUCUCAAUCUUUGCUCCGCAUCACUUGGUAGGAAUCUACUGGGGUUCCCAUUUUCGGGAGCAUCUGCUAUAGCAAAAAGAUGGUUAUUUGGAACAGCGUGCUGUCAGCUCUUCGCUUUUCUAAAUCAAUUUUUUGGUGUCUUUCAAAUGUUUGCAAUCCUGACCUUAGUUUUGGAAAGAUAUAUUCAAGCAAAGUUUUACAGACAUGAGAAAUCCCUUUACUUACGGAUUUAUUGGAUUUUGGCUGGAGUGUGUUGGGUAAUUUCAUUAGUAUUUGCUACACCUCCUCUUUUUGGAUACGGUGUAUACUCUUGUGACUCCACUGGAACAAUUUGCUCACUCCUAUGGCCAUCUUUGGCUUCAGGAUUGAAACAAAUAGGUUUCUGCAUCCCUUACGUCCUUAUAUGUGGAGUUCUGCCAGUUGUAGCAAUAUUUUAUUACAUGGGAAAAGCAGUCCGAUUAGAACAAAUCUUUUAUCGAAAUGAGAUACAAAGAGAGCAGAAACGACUUACAAGGAGUGUUCAUGCAUUAGCCGUGGCUACUUUGGCGUUUUGGAUUCCUUCAGCGGUCUUAAUUGGCUGGCAGUGGGUGCCUCUGUUGAUUUAUGGAUAUCGACCUCAUGUUCCUCCAGUCCUCGCUUUGAUUGCAUCCAUAGCUUCUGAGGCCGCAACAAGCAUUCCAGUUCUUUGUUACCUAGUCUCCGACGAAAGGCUCCGCGCGGCACUGCUUGGCCGAAUGCGGAAACAUUACGCCCUUCUUCCUCCCGAGAGAGCGAAGCGGUUUAAUAGAGCUUAGUUCAAGUGGAAAGGUUUGAAUGGAUUACCAUACUGAGGU